AAGGCGUACACCGAUCCCGUCGAGGCUGUACACAUGCUGAUGUCGAUGAUCAACCCAACCAUCCCUAUUGUCCCCGGCGCGAACAUGGAUGAUGGUACCGGAACAGCCUCCAACAACAACAACAAGAAGAACGACCCGGCUGCCAGCGCAUCUGGCUCUGGUGGAGACGGCGCGCCAAUUGGCGGCGACUCUGGAAGUUCACAGAAGGUCAAUGGUACAUCAGUUGGCAUUGGUGUUGGCGCAGUAUGUGGUGCAGCUGUAUACGCUGCAGCUAUGGUCUACGUCGCUCGCCGCUACCGGAAAAAGAGACAAUCACACCGUCGCGCAAGCUCUGUCCCGACAGCAGGCGAAAUCAGUCAAAGAUCACCCGGCACUCCUGGCACUCUCAGUGGCGGAGGCAUGGGUGGCUACUUCAUGUCUGGCGCCAAUGGAGGACGAGAAUCCGGCUCCGGCUCUCACAGCGGACGUAGCAGUGGCCGAAUAGGCAGAGGAAGCAGAAAUUCUGCUGGCAGCAGCAAUGGACGAAGUGUGCGAGAAGUAGGCAUCUCCAACCCUAUCAUGGCGGAAAACAGCUUGGGGUGGAAUUAGAUGUACAGCUUUUAUUGAAAAAAAAAAGAAAAAAAGAAAUUCUUCUGCACCAUCAACUGCCAGUAUCUAUCUACGUGUGUUGUGUGUGGAGAGAGCCAAGGAGAUGAUGUUUAAGAUGCCCUGCUUGUUACUUGCGAGGAUACCAUUAUGCGAUUGAUGAAGAGGAAUGAAUGCUAGGUGAGCGUUCCAACAGCCCUUGCGUGAGGUGCACAAAAUCAGAAACCUC